AUGAAAAGGAUGUUAAAGCCAGUUACAGAGAAGAAAAGACGAGACCGAAUAAAUCAGAGUCUUAGCGAGCUAAGGAUUUUGUUACUGAACUACAAAUUAGAUUCGCGUUUACAGAACCCCAAACUGGAGAAAGCAGAGAUUCUAGACCUGGCCGUGGAAUAUCUUCAAAAAAGGACAGACAAACGAAGCAUAAGCAAUGAUUGUUCCUGCCAGGCUGUGUGUGGGCCGAAGGAGGUGCAGCAAGUUAUUCACAGUGAGGCCUCCAUGGCAGGCGCCCCCAGUCCCCCAACAGCAGCAUUCCCCAGGUCUGCUCUCCCGGCCAUCUACACGGGAGGCUUCCAGCAGUGUGUAUCUCACCUGGCUGGCUUCAUGAGCAGCAGCAGCCCCUUGGAGAAAAAGGGCUUCAUCCUCCUCCAAGGGCUGAAGAGCUACAUAGACAGUCAGUACCCAACCACAAACACCAGUACAGAGCAGCUGCAGUGUGCAUCCUCCUCGUCAUUAACAGACAUCCAUCUGAGGUCAGGUGGUAAGGAGAUGGCUCAUUGGGCGGACAUGGUGCCUGUGAGAGAGGGAUGCCGUCCCUCUAAACAGGGGGCAGGUAUCUGUCUCCGCAAAUCCACUUUGUCGACCACCCACCAUUCUUUCUGCCAACUUAAUGGCCACUCGUACCCCUUGACACCUGACUAUCUCUCCCCACUGUCUCCUUGCCUUUCUUGUUCUUCUUCGGUUUUCACCACCCCUCCUCCAUACUCCUCGUUUCCCUGUCACCUUAGUUUCCCUCCCAGCCUGUCACCUAUUUCCUCCAACCCCUCAUCCUGCUCCGGAUCCCCGUCGCUACAUAACGUCCCUUCUCCUCCACUUGGUUGUUCACCCACCUUCCCUCUCUCAAGUCCUCCCGGCCUCCCUCUCCCGAGCCCCCCUCUCGUCCCCUUUGCCUCCCAUACGUCUCUGUGGUCCCUUGUGCCUGUACGAAGGCAAGAAUGUUUUAUUAGCUCCACACACUGGAGACCCUGGUAG